AGUACUAAGAUGUACUACAGUGAAGACACAUUUAAGUGCAUUUUCUGUUAUAAUUAUAGCAUAUAAGGUGUUCAGGAGCUGUUGGUCAUUGCUGAGAGGAUUCAACCACUUGAUUUUCAUGGGUUUUGCACGGUUAUAGACAUUAAGUUGCAAAUGUGCCGAGUGCAAAUGCUACUGGUACUGUUUAACCAAAUACUUGCAGAUGGCUAGCCGUGCUUAUCUUAACACAUUCAUUAUUCCUGUAUGAUAAGAAAUUACAUUCAAAGCAUGUGUAAAUUCUAUUGAGAAGUGUAGUAGAUAUCAGGCUACAGGAAAACGCAUAGUGUUCUGACCUUACAUCAAGUACUGUUGUUUCAUAGUGGACAUUUCUUCAGCAAUGGGCUCUAAGUGCGGCUGUUGUCUUUUUGAAUAUCAAACACCUGUAACGCUGGUUAUUAGGAGCAAAAGAAUAGGAGUCCUCUUCAGACUGAUAGAGUUAUUGAUCAUCGCCUAUGUCGCCAUAUAUGUCUGCUGGUAUCAGCGCGCUUACCAGGACCAAGACUCAGUGAUCAGCUCAGUCAGCACCAAGGUGAAAGGAAACAUUUUGACCAAUUCAUCCAUUGAGGGAGUUCAUGUUUGGGACGUAUCUGAAUAUGUCAUCCCACCCCAGGGAGAAAACUCUUUCUUUCUGUUAACAAAUAUGAUUGUCACUCCUGGCCAGACCCAGAGCAGCUGUCCUGAGAUUCCAAGUGAAUUCACUAAUUGUAAAUCAGACAGUGAUUGUAAAGAGGGAUUCAAUGAAAUCCGUGGCAAUGGUGUUCAGACUGGCCGAUGUGUACAAUACUCAGAUACAAUCAAAACCUGUGAGGUGAUGUCAUGGUGUCCACUUGAAAAUGAUACCAUCAUUCCAAAACCUGCUCUUCUAAGUGCAGCGGAGGACUUCACAGUGCUCAUCAAAAACAACAUACAAUAUCCAAAGUUCAGUUUCAGAAAGCGAAACAUUCUGCAUCACAUCAACUCCACAUACUUAAAAAACUGCACGUUUAAUCGUAAAACAGACCCACACUGUCCUAUUUUCCGUCUGGGGGACAUUGUAACCGAGGCAGGAGAAGACUUCAGCGUCAUUGCUCUUAAAGGUGGUAUUAUAGGGAUUUUCAUUGACUGGAGUUGUAACUUGGACUUCCCAGAACGCUUCUGCAUUCCAAGAUAUUCUUUCAGCAGACUGGACAACAAAAAUCCUGAAAAUAACGUUGCCCCUGGCAACAAUUUCCGAUAUGCUAAAUAUUAUAAAAACAAUGAAAGCAUUGAAACACGGACAUUGAUAAAGGGCUUUGGAAUCCGCUUUGAUGUGAUUGUGUUUGGGAAGGCUGGUAAAUUCCAUAUUGUGCCCACUAUUGUGAAUCUUGGGGCCACUCUUGCCUUUCUUAGCUUGGUGACUGCUGUUUGUGACUGGUUCAUGCUUACUUGUAUCAAGGACCGUGACUAUGCCAAACAUAAAUUUAUUCACGUGGACAAAAAAAGUGACGGUGUGCCACUGAGCUCCAUGGAGAGCACCUCAUAUGGGACUCCAUGAUGGAAUGGACUGGACACUUUCACUACACUUAAAACCAUCAGCAUCAAAUAUGCUCUUGUAUUUUCUUCUUACACUAGGCUACCGUUCAAAAGUUUGGGGUU